AUUGGGUGCAGGGCAGCGUUAUUCGUGCAGGGCCCCUUUAACAUGCGCGUGAAUGGGGCGGGAGCAAAGAGCUCGGGGAUGGACUAGGCGGCCCGUGGCUGAGCAUUAGCGGUGUGUGGGCAGGACCUUGGCUGUGCAGACGAUUCGCGGUGCGCUCCCAGCCCGGCACAAGAUGGAUUUCAGUGUAAAGAAGCUGGCGUCGGGUGCAGGAGUUUUUUUCAGCCGGGCGGUGCAGUUCACACAGGAGAAUCUGGGCCAGGCAGAGAAGACUGAGCUGGAUGCACAUUUUGAGAACCUCUUGACCAGGGCCGACAACACCAAGAACUGGACUGAGAAGAUCCUACAUCAGACAGAGGUGCUUCUGCAGCCCAGUCCCAGUGCUCGAGUAGAAGAGUUCUUGUAUGAAAAGCUAGACCGGAAGGCACCUUCUCGGGUCACCACUGCAGAACUCUUGGGUCAGUACAUGACUGAAGCAGCCAAUGACUUUGGAUCAAGUACACCUUAUGGACAAACUCUCAUGAAAGUCGGAGAGACCCAGAAACAUUUAGGGACCGCAGAGCGAGACUUCAUCCACUCGUCCGCUAUCAAUUUCCUCACUCCGCUGCGGAACUUCCUGGAGGGAGACUGGAAAACCAUUUCUAAGGAGAGAAGAAUCCUACAGAACCGUCGCCUAGAUCUGGACGCCUGCAAAGCACGACUGAAGAAAGCCAAGGCAGCAGAGGCCAAAGCAACGUUGGAGGGGGAUGCUUUGCCUGAUUUUCAGGAGACCCGGCCUCGUAAUUACAUACUGUCGGCCAGUGCAUCAGCGCUUUGGAGUGACGAGGUAGAUAAGGCAGAGCAUGAGCUGAGAGUGGCCCAAACAGAGUUCGACCGGCAGGCAGAGGUCACCAGGCUGCUCUUGGAAGCCAUCAGCAGCACCCACGUGAACCAUCUGCGCUGCCUCCAUGAAUUUGCAGAGGCCCAGGCCACUUACUUUGCUCAGUCCUACCAGUACAUGGUGGAUCUGCAGAAACAGCUUGGCAGUUCUAGGGCUGAAUUGUUUCCUGUGGGGAAUACAGAUCCCGCCUCUCAACCACUUAGCACCUCCACCCCACCCGCCACUCUUCCUGUGCUCCAAGUGGCCAGUUCCAACCCUGGUGAAGCGACUCUGAACCCAGUGGAAGUUGCGCUGCCCGUGAGCGGCACAAGGAAAGCACGAGCGUUGUACGAUUAUGAAGCAGCCGAUAGCACGGAGCUUGCGCUUUCUGCAGACGAGCUCAUCACAGUUUACAGUCUCCCUGGCAUGGACCCCGACUGGCUUGUAGGUGAACGGGGAAACAAGAAGGGCAAAGUUCCGGUCACUUACCUGGAGCUUCUCAGCUAGAGGCCUGUCUAAAGGCCACACUAAUCCUUUUAAAAGCCAAUAGCCCUACAGGGCUGACUCAUUGCCCAGUGUCUGCUACUUCUGAUCCUCCUUCAUCUGUUCCACUCCACAUGACCCCUGUCUCACACCUACUGGCCGACCUCUUCAUUGGCCUCUCCACCACAGAAGGUCCUCACUGUUUGACUUCACCCCAAGGUGGGUGCCCAGUACUCCUGAUAAUUCCAUUGAGCUGCUUGUACUUAAGUCCAUGGAUUCUUACUGUACAUAAUACUCUCCCUGAAACCCAAAGAUGGCUCUGUACAAAGCAAAAUGUUUGAACGUUCCCAGAUCCCUACUAUAAAGAAGUUAAAGGUAGAUGUGACUUUAAGGCUUGAUUUGCCUGAGCUGUGCAGGGUUUCAUCCCAAGGAACCCACACAGCACAUGCAGAUUUCCAUAGAUGAAGUUUUUCAAACUACUGAAGCCUAUAUAGAUUUAUACAUGUAGUUGUACCGACUACUGAAGCCUGUAUAGAUGUAACAAAACAUAAUAUAGUGGCAACAUUUACUUCCCCCUAUGUACGAGACCCAUUUGCGCGUAGUCUCCGCCCCGUCACAUUUCAAACUUUUUGUUGUACAAAUAAUUUCAGUGGGUUCCCAGAAACCAUGAUUGUGGGCCACAUAACUGUUGCGUUAAACAGAUAGGGGUACUGCUGCUGGAUACGCUAUGACCAAUGUGAUUUAUAUAUGCCAUGCAUUGAAACUGAGGCACACAAGGAAGGGGUGUGUUAGAUUUGCUACUAGGGGUAAAAUGGCGAGUGAGAAAAUUAGAUUCUGUAGUGGCAGCUUCUUCUUGGGGGGGUGCAACUACAACUCCCAGAAUCCGUCAUAGCAAUUAUACACGCAAUUCUAUAGGGCAGGGAUAGGCAAGCUGCAGUGCUGGCAGGGAUUCUGGGAGCAAUGUAGCUAUCCUUUCCUUGCCUUUGUGCUACAGGUUUUGGCUAUGCUUCGCCCCCUCACUGACACUUCCUAGGCUUGUGUGUUGCGCUCACCAAUGCUUUCCCAUCUUUAAGUGUAAGGUUACUUUCUCCUGCUGUGUGUUAUUUAUUGCCUGUCAGCAUUACUGUCUGUGUUUGAAUAGCUGUUAAUAAACAGAAGUCAUUCCUGCCGCA